AUGGUAAGGAAAUAAAUAAUUGCUUGAAAAAUAUUUUUUUGAGAAUGCGUCGUUAUGGCUUCUAGUACUAGGCACGAUUUUUCAUGCUUUUUGCGGAUUUUCGAGUGAUGCAAGCGAGUUUUUCCUUUUGAAGGAAGCCGGGAGAGACUAUGCUUAUGUUUCUCAGGUUAACUGUCUCAAAAUGUGAGCUCUACCAAGAAGAGUAUUUUAGAAAAAAAUAGAAUAUGGACGUCAAAAAGCUCGAGAGAUGUUCUACACGGGCUGGGACAGCUAUAUGCGGUACGCAUAUCCGGCCGAUGAGCUCGACCCCAUCCAUUGUACUGGGAGAGGUGCCGACCAUCAGCAUCCGUGAGCUGGUUUUUUGUUCGAAAUGUCAAAAAAUUUUGCGGCGUUGAAGAGUUUUAUCUCUGGGAAAAGUCCAGACGGGCUUUUUCUUGGAGACGAGAUGCAAAAGUUUUCUUAUGAUCAUGAGAAAGUCGAAAAUUAGUGUUUGAAACUUCUUGUUUGUCCUUUUUUUUUGCGUAUCGGUCUUCGAAUCAGCUUUUCACCAUAUUUCGAGGAUUUUCCUCUUCUAGAUGGCUUCGAUAUUUCGGCGCUUUUCAGUACCUUAAGACGAGCUAUAGCCAUUUUUAGAGGGGGUUUUCUCUGAUUUUGUUCAGUUUCUUAACAACUUUUUUUUGAAAAUUUUUCAUUCUUGGAAGGACCUUUUUUGAAAAAAAUUCGUGAAAAAAAGUGGCUAGGGAGGCUUUUCCGAGCUUUUUUUUUUUUUGAAAAGCUACGUUAGGUCCUCCCGGACCUUGUCCGUGUCUGGGGAUUCUCUUGAAAGCAACUUUUGAUUUGAAAAUUAAAAAUGUUCUUGCGAAUAUGUCGAACAAAAUAUUAUUGCCCAAUUGUUUGUAAAUGCCUCAACCAAUCAAAGUGUGAGAUAUAGAAAGGUAAUUGAAGUUUGGGCAGUAUGAAAAAUAAUAUUGAUCUUUUUUCAGGGAGAAUAUCAACAUCAAUGAUGUCUUGGGUGAUUAUUCGCUAACUCUUAUUGAUUCUCUCGACUCUUUAGUUGUUUUCGGUAAGUUUUCUUCAUGAACGAAAUCCUAACGUGAGCUCUACUGCAGUAAAAUCAUGAUUUUUUGAUUUCUAAGGACAAAAACUACUAAAGAAAUCUCAAAUUUAAAAGGGGGGGGGAUUUAGGAUAAGAAAUAGAACUGCUCGAUUUAAUUCAGCCCCUAAAAAAAGUCUUUGUUUUCACCCUCGAAGAUUUCAGGCGAUACUGCUGAAUUCAAGCGAUCGGUAAGGCUUGUCAUCGACAACGUCUCUUUCGAACGCAACACGACGGUCCAGGUUUUCGAAGCGACUAUUCGGUUAAUCAAAAGCGAUGUCGAAUAAGUUCGAUUGACGGUUUCAGGGUGAUCGGAGGUCUUCUAUCGGCUCAUAUGAUCGCCUCGGAUUCCGAGAAAACUUUCGGCGAUUUUUACAUCGACGACUACGAGGGAGAGCUGCUGACAAUGGCACACGACCUCGCGACGCGGCUUCUUCCUGCCUUUGAAGGCACCGCCACUGGUAUUUUCUGUUUAUUUUUUGGAUAGGAUUUUUCAAGCUCACCAAACGGAAGAUCAACUCUUCAUUCAUAUCAUGAUUCAGCAGGGUAUCUUCUCUGAAGACUGGAUAGACUUUUGUUUGUAGUUUGGUAACUAGAACCGUAUUUGGAUGAAUCCUGAAAUGCGUCAUUCUGAAAUAAGAUUUGAGUGACCUUUUUCAUUUUUCAUUUGUGCGGUGCUUCUUUGAGUUUUCUUGGAAGAAAAAGUAGUUAUUAAGAAAUUUUUAUCAGAAAAACGGAAUAUUGACAUUCUCCAAAAAUGCUUAGGAGGUUGGGCUCAAGGGCUUCAAUUUUUUCGAUGCGUUCUGAUGUUUCCAAGGUAAAAAGCUUUGGAUCAUGUAUUGCCCCUUCACGGACUAGGAAACAUACAGGCGUGCCUGUCUGCGUCUGCCAAUCAGGCACUCUCUCUUUUUAUUUGUCCCAGGACUUUUUUCGAUAGCUGAAGCCAGAAGUCAGUAUGUACAAAAUUUUUCAAUCCUCAGAGAAAUUCAACGGAAGUGUAUAGUUUUAAUAUACCCAGUGUCGUGAAGUCCUUGAUAACUGUGGGUCAGUCUUAAAAGUUAUCGUAAAAAAUAAGAACGGUUUUUGGACGAUUUUUAAAUUGGUCUGCAUGGUACGAUUUUGGUUUCUUAAGAGGGCUGUUCUUGGGGUUAGAAGACAUUUUUAGUUUUGUUUUAUGAUCACCAGUGCAUUCUCUCGAGUCCAAUGUUUCUUUCCGUACAUUCUCAUUUUGGAGGUAUACCUUACACGCGAGUGAAUCUGCAACGCGGAGUUUUGCCUGGCACUGUCAAUUUGACUUGUACGGCUGGCGCGGGGUCUCUUCUUCUCGAAUUCGGUUAGAGAUUCUCCCUUUUUGACUCUUUUCCUCUCUUCUUUGCUAGAAAAAAAAAACGAAAUUUAGGAGUUUUGUCUCGACUUCUUGGAGAUGAAACUUUUGAAAACCUGGCCCGCAAAGUCAACAAAAAGUUGUGGUCUUUGAGAAAUCCAACUACGGGACUUUUCGGUUUAUAAAACCAUUUUUCCAAGGAGAAAAGUAGUUAUUUUUUAGGAAAUCUGGUUAAUAUUCAAACCGGUGAUUGGGUCGAUUUUCAUGCUGGUCUUGGAGCCGGCCUGGAUUCCUAUUACGAGUACUUGCUCAAAGGUUUUUCUGAAAAAUAUAAGUCGAAGGCUCUUUUUUUCAGCUUACAUCUUACUUGGCGAUGUCAAAGAUUUUGAAAUGUUCGCUGCGGUUUUCGACAAAAUCAUCCUCUACAUGCGUCGUGGGCAGUGAGUUAGAUUUUGCUGCGAAAAUGUUUUUUUUCAUUUUUCUAGAAGUUUUUCUUUGUACAAUGUCAAGAAAAAAAAAUUUAAUUUUUUAUUUUUUCGAGCUUUUUACUGAUUCAAGAGAAGACGAAUUUUUGGCCCUUUUGAGAGGUCGCUUAUCAGGACACGGGGAAAGUCAUUGUAAUUACAAAUUCUUUAAAAAGCUGACUGAAGAAGUAACUUAAGUAUACUCAGCAAUCUCUGAAAUUGGGAUUUUUAGGAAUUUCCGUAGUACAAAGUGGUUUAGCGAAUUCACACUCACAAGUAACGAGGAGAAAAGCUUCUUAUAAUUUGUACUUUUUGAAAGAAAUACAGUAGAUGGUUCACGACUGGCUUGAGCCAUCGGAAAAUGGGUCCUGACACGAUGAAAAAAAAAAGAUAGCGCCUGGUAGAGACAGGCCCUCUUACUGGGAACGUCAUUUCACUUCGCGGUUGGGAAUUUGCUGAAACUUUUCCGUAUCAGUUGUUAAUAAACAAGAUCCUGAAAGAUCCAACCUGCACAAUUUUCUAGUUUUUGAAAAAGAACACAAACCUAAAGUGACGGCUCAAAAACCGUUGGAGUACAUUAUUAUGGAGCCGACCCGUCAUUUCUCAGAAAUUAGGAAGUUAGAGACUUGCAGAAUAGUCUCCUGGUACAUCAAGGAGUUUUCUGACCAAUGUUGAAGAUUUCACAAACAAAAUGUCGAUUUUCUUUCCUAGUUACUACUGUCCAGAGCUAACCGAGGACCGGUUAUAGCGUAGUUUUAAGGAUGAAGUCGUGCUCGCAAUUCGACGGAGAGCCGCCAGUUUACGUCAACGUGGACUCCCGCGACGGGUCCACAAUUAACACCUGGAUGGACUCGCUUCAAGUUCCCUUUUCUCUGCGAUUUUUGAGAACUAUCAAAACUUCAGGCCAGUUUCUCCGGUCUCUUGGUCCUGGCAGGGUUCGUCGAAGAGGCCGUCUGCCACCACGCCUUGUACUACGCCGUUUGGAAAAAGUUUGGAGUUCUCCCAGAAAGAUACAAUUGGCGGUCCAAGUUUGGGAUUUGUCGGGUCUUUUCUAUAGAAGUUGUCGUUUAGAGAACCCGAUGUGAAUUUUUAUCCUCUUCGUCCGGAAUUCGCCGAAUCUACUUAUUUAUUGUGAGAUUUUUCUCUAUAUCGGAAACUCUCUAGCGGCUUUUUUUCAAAUUUUUAUCGCUCUUAUAGUUUCUUAGUUGCUGAAAAAUCAUUUAAAAUAAUCAGGGAAAUAAAAUUGAGCUGGAAUAAAAAGAGAAACCCUCCAAUGAAUUUUAAAACUGAAAAAAACACUUUUCGGCAAACGAAAGGUUUCUUUUUCGCUCUUUCAAAAUAAAAAAAUGUGAAGCCUGUAAAAUAUAAUUUUUUUCUAGUAUGAUGCUAGGGAAGUUGGUGUUGUGGAACUUUUCAAUUUUCGAUUUCUUUCCAGCAGGCGUUAUUUAGGUACUCUGCAACUAAGAAUCCGUUCUAUCUUCGUGUUGGACUCGAUAUCUUGGCCUCGUUGGAAAAAAUUACAAAGGUGACUUUCGAUGCUACAGUCAAACAUGUAUCUUGGAGGCCAUCAAAAUCAAAGUCUUAUUUCAAGGCUUACCAGAACUUUUCAGGAUUAGUUUUUAAAGAAAACUGAAUUAGUUAUGAACAGUUUUCAUAAACAUUUUCGAAAUAUCGGCAACUGUUAUUCAUUUGGAAACUAAUUGUUCAUAGGUUGAAUGUGGAUACGCAACGGUCCAUGACGUGAUUGACGGAAGUCUUGAGGACCGAAUGGAGUCCUUCUUCCUCUCGGAAACUAUGAAAUAUCUUUACCUGGUAGUUUUAAAUAAAAUGAAUCAUUAAAAGUACUUUUAUUCCAGCUUUUCGACUUGAAAAAUCCCAUCAACCGACACCAGAACUCGCUGUUAUUUUCCACCGAAGUCAGAAAUUCUUCCGUACUUCUGAAUGAAAAUCCGAGGUUUUCAGGGUCACAUUUAUCCGCUUUCUCAGCAAUUGAGAUCCAAAGCGAACGAGGAGAGUGAGAACACGUCGGCGAGAUGCAAUCUUUUUGGUGGUCCAGGUGGAAAUCGUGCUGUUUAUUAGUAUAAAAAGAACACUUGAAUCACUUAGAAGAUAUUCAGAAUAUUGAGUAGGAAAGUAAAAAGAUAAGAUAGGUGUGUGAAAGUUAGAAAAAAGCUUCGGAAAUUGAUCCAAGAGAGGGCUAAAAAACAUUAUUUGUAAUAUCUCUUCGAUUUUUUGUUUCACGCGUUUCUCAAAUCUUUCUAACCUUAGACUUAUCGAUUAAAAAAAUAAUUUAGCUUUUUUUCCUGCAGUGGAAUGUAAAUUUCGAUUUUUGUCUAUGCGGCUAGAAAUACAUUUGAAAGGUUCAUAAAAAAUGCCCUUAUUCUUUGAAAAAAAGAAAAAGUUGAAUGACAAAAAUAAAAAGUAGAAAAGUUGUAAUUUGACGAUAUUUCUUUCUCCAUAGAACUAGCUAUUAUGUGGAAAAUUGUUUAACUGAAUAUAAAACUUAUUUUUCGCUAAUUUUUGAGAGUGUCAUUCACAUUCAACACCAAGAAAGGAUUUUAUCAAUCAAAAAAAAAGAAAAAAAAAGAAAGGUGUUUUGUUUCCAGAAAUAAAGCCCGUGAUGAACGAAACAUGCUUCUCAGCCGCUCGUUUUCGAAAAGGACUGCCUCCUUUAAAUAAUUUCCAGUUUCGACGUAUUUUUGACACUGUAGGGGUGGAUUCUUCAGCUUGGCUUUAAUUUCCCAAGACUCAUUCUCAGGAAUUUUCGAAUUCUAUUGUACCCUGGCUCACUGUCGCUUAUAUUGUUUCUAGCUCGAUUCGUUAUUUUCAUUUCUACUCAUUUGUUUCUUACGUUGUUCUGGGUUGCCUCUUCUAAGGGUUCAUAUCUUUCUUGGAUUCUGUGAUUACUCUGAAAUUUCAGUUAACUCUUCUGCCUUGUGUUACACUUAUACGGUUUUCAGAGAGAGUUGAUUAUAAAUAAUCUUAUCAUCAUGUUCUUGUUAAACUUCAUUCUCCGAUUUAGCACGGUUGAAAUAAUUGGAAGAUUAUGAUCUCAAUAAGGUAGAACGGACAAGUGAGAAUAUUUCUUUUUGAACAAAAAUGAUUGAAUUUUGAAAGCGCUCAAAGUUUUGAACAUGUAUUUUAACUUUUUUAUAGUGAACUUAUCACAUGUUUGCGGAAAUUAUUUUAACACGGAAUAAGUUUUUUAUUAUUUUGUCUUGCUCCGAAAUUGGAAAAAGAGGCGUUUUCAUUCAAUGAAAUACUAGUUCAAUAGAGCAAACUUGAAUAAAUUUUUCAUCAUCGAUUUCCAAAAUAAUCAAGAUUUUUUUAUGGCGCGUUCAGGAGCAAAACGCGAAAUUUUUCGAAAUUCAAAAGAGCGUUCACAGCGAUACUUCGAAAUUAGCGAAUUUCGAUUUUUGAGAUAAUUUUGAGAAAUUUCAAAAAAUAGCGAGAAAAUCGGUUUCGCGCGAAAUUUACGGUAUAUUGACAUUUUCUUGUGCCAAACGCAGUUUUUUUUUUCUUUUUUUUUUCUUUUUUAGAUAAUUUUUUUCUUUUAUUUUUCAAUUUUCAACCCGUUCAAAGUUAUUGAUUUUAGAAAUAGUACGAAUGAAAGCCUUGUUAAUUUUUUCGACUGUCUGAACUCAAAAAAAGUUCAAUUUUUCUCAAAUUUCGAAUUUUUCGUGUUUAUUUUUUUUACAACGGAUGUAUCAGAGCGUUUGAAGUUGCAGGUCUCCAAACUAUGGCGGGUAUUGGAUUACCGAAAGUGCUAAAGUUGAAAAAAAGGUUAAUUUUUCAUUCAAAAAAACUUUUUUUCGCAGUUAUUUUUUUACAAUUUUUUUGAUUAUUUUCACAUUUAGACUCGUUAGGGAGGCACGAGCGGCUCGUGUGAAGGUAACGCAAAAUUUUCGUCUCUACAGUCAAGCAUAAAUUCGUGAGUUCUCUUAUUCUUCGAUGUUAUUUUCUUUCAUUUUCAAUAUGUCUUGUCAAUAUGUCUUGUUCAGUUGUAAACGAAAAAUGAAUACCACGGUUCAACCGAUGGUAUGAAAAAAAGAACAGCAAAAAUUCGAACGACCACUUUUCCGAUUAUUUCAUAUCGCUAGGGAACUUUCCGACUAAUCUUUUAUCGAAUUUUCUUCUCAAUAAACUUUUCGUUUUAAAUAUCCCUAUAUAAAGUAGGCAAGUUAUUCAUGUUUAAAACACAAAAAAAUAGGAAAAAAUAUGUUGAUAGAUGUUUUAUAAACAGAAAAAUAUAAGGGAAAAAAGUCGGAAAGGGAUCCGUCGGAGAGGUGGCCGUCGGAAAGUUCCCUAGCGAUAUGAAAAAUUCGGAAAAGGGCGACUUUUGUUUGAAUUUCUGCUUGUGUUUUUUUCAUACCACCGUUCAACCAGCUUUCCCUUUCUGGAAAAAUUUCUUCUGCUUACAGACCUAGACGAACGGUUUACGAAGGACUCGCCGAAAGACUACACGUGAAACUUGGAUCUUUCCUUAUGGAACUUUUUUUCUAA